CACACAAAGACACACAAACAUACAUAUAUAUAUCUUAUAUAUAUUCUUUGAUUCUAUAUCUGCUUAUUUCUUCUUUUGUAAAGCAAAGCUCAAGACCACAUAGGCUCCUUAUAGACACCUAAAGGCUUCAUUUUGUACCCACCAAAGCACGCCUCAUCCUUACUCAUUUUACCUGGCAACCUAAGCUUGUUCCGCAAAAGAAACAAUCCAAUCUCAGUUCGACAUACAACACUUGUUCAAGUACGAUAACUUUGCAGUUUUAUUUGUCCAUCUCUCUUUGCACCUUAGCACCAACUUAUACAACAACCCACCUAAAUCAUGUCAUCCACACGCAACAUCUUUAACCAGCCCUCCAACAACGGUCGUGUUGUCACUCUCCAGUCAGGUGGUUUGAAUGAAAGAUUUAGCCAAUUGAGCCAAAUUAGCCAAAUUAGCAACGCAAAGAAGGUUUAUGUUAAGGAAGAUGUCGUUACUUCAUCGAGCGUUUUUAGCCGCAUCCGUGGUAACACUGCCUCUCAGGGAGGUCGUAAGAAUGGGUCAAAUGGUAUCCAAAGUCGCUUAGGAAAGACAGUUGGUAGUAUUCAAAAGCGUACCAAUGCACAGUCCAUGUCAGGCGUUGUUAGACAGGGACAAGCUAAUGUACGUGGAAAACAAUACACAUCACCAGCCUUAACAAGAGGAGGAGGAGGACGCAGACAGCAACCACAGAACAACAACAACAACAACAACAGAAACAAUAACAACAGAAACAACAACAGUGGUCCUAGAGGACAACAGCAAAAGGUUCAGCGUGGUGGUGCUUCAGGUCAAAGAGGGGGUCGCCAGGAAAAGCCCAAGAGAGCUACGGCUGAAGAUCUCGACAAGGCUUUAGAUGCUUACAUGAUGAAGGAUCCCAAAACUGCCCAGAUCAAGCUCGACGAAGAAAUUACUUCUUAUAUGGACGAGGCAGGCGAUAUUCUAAUGGAUUUGUAAAAAAACAAACAAAAAAAACAAAAAGAAAGAAAGUUAAUUAUGUAAAGGACAACGGCAAAACAACAAGAACAAAAACAUGAACAUGAACAUGAACAUGAAUAUGAACAUGAACAUGCAAAAAAAAACCAAAUACGACACCUCUUUACAACUGUAGUCAAAUCGUUUCUAUACACACGAGUACAUAAACUCAUAUACUAUACAUAC